CCUCUUCGACGACAAGCAUGAAAUUCGCGGAGCAUUUAAGUGCACAUAUCACACCAGAAUGGAGGAAGCAGUAUAUCAACUACGAGGAAAUGAAGGCUCUGCUGUACGCAGCAGUGGAGCAAGCUCCAUCGGCAGAUGCAAGUGAAGCGCAUGUACUAGAAAGCUACUUCAGCAAGUUUGAUGAAAAGUUUUUCCACUACUGUGAUAAGGAACUGGCCAAAAUAAAUACCUUCUAUUCUGAAAAGCUAGCAGAAGCCACACGCAGAUUUGCCACACUUAAUAAUGAACUCAGCGAGAUUCUAUCAGUUUCCGAAGAUGUUCAGAGUCGUAAAGUACGCUAUCGCAGUCACAUCCUCCACAAGAAGCCGAUAUCAGCGCGCAAACUGCAAGAGCUGAAAUUGGCCUUCUCCGAAUUCUAUCUCUUCCUCAUUCUGCUCCAAAACUACCAGAACCUAAAUUUCACCGGAUUCCGGAAAAUCUUGAAGAAGCAUGACAAACUUCUGAAUGUGGACAUUGGUGCCAAAUGGCGUGCAGAACACGUCGACACGGCGAUUUUUCACACGCGUAAAGAUAUUGACAGACUCAUCGCGGAGACUGAGGCUCUAGUCACUCGAGAUCUGGAGCAUGGCGACCGUCAACGUGCCAUGAAACGGCUCAGGGUGCCGCCGCUCGGAGAACAUCUCUCUCCAUGGAUUACGUUUAAAGUCGGCCUCUUCUCCGGCGCUUUUGUCGUGCUUUUCGCAGCCGUAAUGCUGUCUGCUAUGCGGUACAAGAUAAAAGAAAAUUGGACGGUACUCUGUCGAAUUUAUCGUGGACCACUUCUCAUGAUAGAAUUCCUUUUUCUCAUGGGAAUUAACGUUUACGGCUGGAGAUCUUCCGGCGUGAACCACGUGCUGAUAUUCGAGCUCGACCCACGCAAUCAUUUGUCGGAACAGCAUAUCAUUGAGAUGGCAACCAUACUCGGUCUAGUCUGGUCCGUUUCUAUUUUGGGCUUCCUGUAUAGCGACACACUGGGUGUACCGCCGUUCGUUCAGCCAGUGCUAUUCUAUGCGCUGCUCGCACUAUUCCUGUUCAAUCCCACCAAGACGCUGCGACACGAGGCCAGAUUUUGGACUCUACGUGUUCUGGGUCGCGUUUUCUGCGCGCCCUUUUUCUACGUGGGCUUCGCGGAUUUCUGGCUUGCCGAUCAACUCAAUUCCCUUCACACGGUCUUCUUGGAUUUUCAAUAUUUCGUCUGCUUCUAUAUUCAGAAUUCCUCUUGGACCGACAUCACGGACACGGAAACCUGUAUAGUGCGUGAACUGUCGAUGAGACCGAUCGUAGUGUGUUUGCCAGCUUGGUUUCGAUUUGCGCAAUGCCUGAGACGCUACCGGGACACCAAAGAAGCUUUUCCACAUUUGUUGAACGCGGUCAAAUACGCGACGAGUUUCUUCGUGGUGAUUUUCUCCUACUUACAUUUAAGAAACAAAAAAUAUUACGCAUUGUCCACUGAGAAUCCCUACUUCUACUUGUGGCUGACAGCCAGUGUGGUGAGUUCUUGCUUCACGUAUACGUGGGAUGUGAAGUUGGAUUGGGGCCUCUUCGACAACAGCGCAGGAGAAAAUAAGUUUCUUAGGGAAGAGAUAGUUUAUUCGUCCCCUUAUUAUUAUUACUUCGCCAUGGUGGAGGAUUUUAUUUUACGAUUUGGCUGGGCAUUUUCUUUGUCCCUGACGGAGAUGGGGUACGUUCACGCGGACCUUAUGGUUUCCAUAGUCGCCCCGCUGGAAGUCUUCAGAAGGUUCACGUGGAAUUACUUUCGGCUGGAGAACGAGCAUCUAUACAAUGUAGGCAAGUUCCGGGCAGUGCGAGAUAUCUCCAUAGGGCCCGUCAGGCGCGACGAGGACGAUGAGGACGAUCUCAGGAAUGUGAUUCGUCUGAUGGACGGCGUUUCGUGUGGAACUUCUUCCGCUUGGAGAACGAGCAUCUGAACAAUUGCGGAAAGUUUCGGGCGGUACGGGAUAUCUCAGUCGCCCCGGUCGACUGCUCGGAUCAGACGCAGAUACUGCGAAUGAUGGACACUUCUGACGGCGUGAUAAAUCGCAGGAAGAAGCAGAAGGUCGACGAGAAGCGC